CCGACAUCUACCUGGUAGUGACCAAUCAAAAGACGGAACCAAAUCACCGAAAAGAGUACGUACUGUCUUUAGGCCACGUUUGCUUGGAAGGUCCGGCCAAUAAUUAAAAAGUUCACGACGAACAUCUACAGAAGCUUCUUCCCCGAGUCUUUCUUUUUCUUCUUUCGUCGUUGAGCUCUGGGAGUUCUUUUCCAAUAUCACUGUCAUCGUCCACCUGCAAGAUAGAAGAGAACCAAAAAGAUAACCAAUUCAUCAACCAAGCAAGCCUUGCUAGCUUUUCAUCAUGAAGUUUAACUCGGCUAUCGCUGCUGCCAUUCUGGCAUUCGGCGUAUAUGCUGAUGAUGCCUCCAAGGUUGACAGCACCGAAUCAUCUUCAUCUGUCGCCGCUGAAUUGCCAACAUUCACUCCCACCACCAUCAAGGCUCCCUUCCUAGAGCAGUUCACCGAUGACUGGGAGAAGCGAUGGAGUCCUUCGCAUGCAAAGAAGGACACCAAGGGUCAGGAAGAGGAGUGGGCCUACGUCGGCGAGUGGGCUGUCGAGGAGCCAUAUAAAUUCAAGGGAAUGGAAGGUGAUAAGGGUCUUGUUGUCAAGAAUCCCGCCGCACAUCACGCCAUCUCAGCCAAGUUCCCCAAGAAGAUUGACCCCAAGGGCAAGGAGUUGGUUGUCCAAUAUGAAGUUAAGCUUCAAAAGGGUCUUGAAUGUGGUGGUGCAUACUUGAAGCUUCUCCGAGACACCAAGUCUCUGCACCAGGAUGAGUUUAGCAACGCUACGCCGUACGUUAUCAUGUUCGGCCCCGACAAGUGCGGUAGUACCAACAAGGUUCACUUCAUCUUCAACCACAAGAACCCCAAGUCUGGUGAAUAUGAAGAGAAGCACCUGAUGGCUGCCCCGAUGGCUACCACCUCAAAGCUCUCUGAGCUCUACACAUUGGUCAUUCGCCCCAACAACACCUUCACCGUCAAGAAGGGUGGUGAGUCUGUCCGCGACGGUAGCUUUUUUGACCAGUUCUCCCCGGCUGUCAACCCAGAGGAAGAAAUCGACGACCCCGAUGACACAAAGCCCGAGGACUGGGUUGAUGAGGCCCGCAUUGCUGACCCCGAAGCUAAGAAGCCAGAGGACUGGGAUGAGGAUGCACCUUUCGAGAUCGUUGACGAAGAUGCUAUCAAGCCCGAAGAUUGGCUUGAUGAGGAGCCCUUGACCGUCCCUGACCCCGAGGCCCAGAAACCCGAAGACUGGGAGGAUGAAGAGGAUGGUGAUUGGAUUCCCCCUGUCGUUCCCAACCCCAAGUGCGCCGAUGCCUCUGGAUGCGGCCCCUGGACUAAGCCGAUGAAGAAGAACCCGGACUACAAGGGCAAGUGGACUGCGCCUUACAUUGACAACCCGGCAUACAAGGGCACCUGGGCUCCUCGCAAGAUCAAGAACCCCAACUACUUCGAGGACAAGAACCCCGCUAGCCUCGAGCCUAUCGGUGCUAUUGGUUUCGAGCUCUGGACUAUGCAGAGUGACAUCCUUUUUGACAACAUUUACAUUGGUCACUCUGAGGAGGAAGCUGCCAAGUUCGCUGAAGAGACCUUUUUCAAGAAGAUCGCGGCCGAGAAGGCGCUUGAGGAAGCUGAAGCGCCCAAGAGAGACGAGAAGCACUCGUCCCCCUCAGACCUCAAGUUCUUGGAUGACCCCGUCCUCUACGUCAAGGAGAAGCUCGACCUGUUCCUCACCAUCUUCCAAAGUGACCCGAUCCAGGCCAUCAAGUUUGUGCCUGAGGUUCCGACUGCUAUUGGUGGCCUACUUGUCACCGUCAUUGCCCUUAUUGGUAUCUUGACCAUGGGAGGUGGUGCUCCGGCUGCCGCUAAGAAGGCUGGUGCUGGUGCCAAGGAGAAGGCUAAGGAUGUGAAGGACAAAGCCGCUGAGGCUGUCGCAACUGGCGCUGAGAAUGUCAAGUCUGAGGUUAACAAACGUGCCACACGAAGCCAGUCGUAGGUUCUAGUAAUGGGAAGGGGAUAUCAGAUGUGUAGGUGACAUGGGAACAAAAAAAAGGACGACUCGUUUCGGCCUAAUGAGUGAGGACUGCCUGGAGGUAGUCUACACUUUUAUUACAAGGCAAUGCUUUCAGUUUUGUGACUUCAAGUUCACUUUGCAUGGCGUCGGUGUAUAUUACACAAACAAAUAAAUUUGGUUCACCAUUAA